ACCAUCUCAUGAAAACGGAUCCACUAUAAAAGUUUGCAAACCCUAAUCGCCACCAUCGCUGGUUUUUUGUCUGUCACCGCCAUGUUUUACAAACCCUAGAUAUCAACACAGGUCGGAGUUGCAUAGUUGUUGUUUUGUUCAAGGAUUUACGCAGAGUAGCAGCGUCUGUUACCUAUAGGCCAUUAUUGGGGUUCAAUAUUUGAUAGGCCAUUGUUGGUGUAAAUUGAUGAACUGACUCUACAUGGCAAGACAAGCAAAAGUUUUACAACUCACAAACCUGUGAAGAAAUCCAUUUUUCUGGCCAAAAAAAUGUGUUCUAGGAGUGAUUCAAAUUAAGAGGCUGAAUUUGAACGGGUAAUCAUGAUGAACCAACAUGUCUAUUGCAGGAAAAUUGAAUCCGGAUGAUGAUACCAUUAUUUCUCGGGUACAAAUUGCGGAUAGAGAAGGUAAUUCUCAUUUGAAUUUGUUUGUCUUCAACUGUCUACACCAAAUGAAGACGUUUUUAACACUUUUUUUGUGAUUAUAGCAGCCAAGUUACAAAUUUAUUACCAGAUGUGCUUGAAAGUAUUGUUGAUUUUGGUUAUGCUUCACCUCUAAACGGGGAGCCAUACACUCUCUUCUGCAAUUUGCACAAAUGAGUGAUAAAGCAUUAUUAGACUAUGGGGUGUGGAGGGCUUGGUUGGGGGUGUUGCUCGACACGUGGCGAUGGUGGGAUCCACAAGGUAAUAAUCAAUGUCGUGUAGGAGUUUAAUGAAAUAAUAUGUUACAUUUUAAUUAAAAACUAUCAUUAUUAACUAAUAAAUAUAAACAACCCGGGAAGCAGUCCCGGGUGAUAACCUAGUUCAAAAAUAUAUCCGUUGCCCAACGGAUAGAUUUAAUAAAAAAAAAAUAUUUUUCCACUUUAAAUAUAUACCACUUUCAUCCAUUUUUUAUACAAUUCUCAUCCAUUUCUUCCAUUAUUCUCCCAUUCUCUCAUCUAUUUUUAUAAAAAACACUCUCAUUUUUUAUACAAUCAUGAAUCCCUUCAACCCGAACAAUCCCAACCCAAACCAACCUAACUCUUUUUCGAGUCCCGCUUACACUCCGACUAUGGAUCCUUCGUGGGGGUCUCCACAAUUUACGUUUUCGGGUUUCCAACAAUCUCCUAAUGCCUUCUCCCAAAUGUCCCAACUUCAACAAAUGUAACAAUACCAAGCACUCCAACAAUUCAUGCAACGCGGCUCGACUCAACUUGAUCAAUUCCAAUCGCAACCGCCAACUUCCCAACCGCAACCCUCGAUUCAACUUGACGAUGAUGCGCCACCUAAAGAACUCAAGCGCAAAAAAAACACGGGGAAGGGGAAGGCGGUUGAAACCGAACCCGACACCGCAAAAAAAAGCGGUUCGAGAGCAAAGGCGAGAACGUGGACAAAAGUAGAGGAGGAGGCGCUAGCAAUUGCGUAUGUUAAGUCCUCAACUUGCCCGAUUGUCGGGAACAAUCAAACGGGUUCUAGUUUUUGGAAGGCAUGUACGGAUAGAUUUAACGAGCUUAUGGGGCAAGGCGCGAUACGUAUUCUCGAUUCCGUAUCGGGCAAGUGGCGGAAAAUGAACAAGUGCGUGAAUGAUUUUAUCGGGAUUUAUAACCCACUUUACAUCAAUCGUCCUAGUGGGAGUAGCGCCGAGGACGUUCUUAACCUUGCGAUGGCUAAAUGGGAAGCAAAAAAUCCGCCUUUCCCGCACCUCCGAGCAUGGAACAUUUUAAAGAAAGAACCUAAAUGGGCGCCGGUUCAAAAUGAGGUCGCAACCGCGAAACGGACUAAAACUUCCGAGUCCGAAGUUAUAGUGCGGGAGGCUCCACUGCUCGUUGUCAAAUCGACAUAAACGACGAACCGGAAUAUGACGAGGAUGCGUUGCCCGCUCACGAGAUCGAACGUCCCGGCGGAAGGGACAAAGCAAAAAAAGAGGCGGCCGGAAAGCACAAAGGGGCCGGCUCGAGUGGAGGGGGCGGCUCGGGUGGAGGUGGCGGCUCGAAGGCGUCUUCGAAAAUGGACGAGUUGAUUUCCGAAUUCCGUUCGUUUAAAGACUUUGCGGCCGAAAAAUAUAGUCACAAGAAAAACGUGUCGGCCGACUAUGCUCGAGCGGAGGAUUUUAGGAUAAUGAGGUUGGAUCUCGACUCGGUUCCGGAGGAUGAACGAGAGGUGUAUCGGAGGAUGAAGCAAGAGGUGAAGAAAAAAUGGACGUCGUAGGUUUUUUUUUUUAGGAAAUGUAAUUUUUUUUUCAGAAAUGUUUUUUUUUUUAUUUUUU